AGAGGAGCGGUGAAGAGGGCCGGGUUGGGAUCAGCUCAGCGGAAACCCGGAUUUAAGGAGUGGCACUUUUCAAAGUAUCCUCUGCGUCCCGUCCGCUCACGGCAGCUGCUCAGCGCCCCGACCCUCGCGCAGAAUGGCAGUGAAGGGCGGCACCAAGUGCAUCAAGUACCUGCUCUUCGGCUUCAACUUCGUUUUCUGGCUUGCAGGAACUGCAGUCCUCGCCAUUGGACUAUGGCUUCGGUUUGAUACACAGACAAAAAGUAUCUUUGACAUGGAAUCCAACAAUUCAAACUUCUAUACUGGGGUUUACAUUCUAAUUGGAGCUGGCGCACUCAUGAUGUUAGUUGGUUUCUUGGGAUGUUGUGGUGCAGUGCAAGAGUCGCAGUGCAUGCUCGGCCUGUUCUUUGUCUUCCUUCUUGUAAUUUUUGCCAUUGAAGUAGCUGUUGCCAUCUGGGGAUUUGCAAAUAAAGACACGAUUAUUGGCGAAGUCAAGAAAUUUUACAAAGAAACCUAUGAUAAGAGGAGCCAGCCAGCAGCUAGAGAAACCUUGAGAGCAUUUCAACAUGCGCUAAACUGUUGUGGUUUCACAGGAGUUCUUGAACAGACAUUCCAGGACACUUGCCCCAAAAAGGACUUACUUGAGACUCUUACAACUAAGUCAUGCCCUGCAGCCAUUGAGGAUGUCUUUAAUUCUAAAUUGAAUGUUAUUGGAGCAGUUGGUAUUGGCAUUGCUGUGGUAAUGAUCUUUGGCAUGAUCUUCAGUAUGAUACUCUGCUGUGCUGUCCGCAGAAACCGAGAAAUGGUCUAAGGGAUUUAACAAAGAAGAUCUCUGCAUUCUAGAAAUGGCUGUCACUAAUGUUAGCAUUCUUAACGCAUUCUAAAAUUAUAUAUUUGUUACCUUUUUAAUGCUUUAUUUGGUAUUGAUGUUUUACUUACUGCUUUUUAUGUUUACAAAGUUUAAAAUAAAUCCAAUGAUAAAAGAUACUAUAUUUUAGACUAAAGUCAAAGAUAUUGUACAUAAAACAAUUUGUCCUUAAGUGGCCAUCUGUUUCUUGAAACUUAUCAUAAUCAGGAUGUAAUUUAUGUUGGAGACAGUUUGAUACUUAAUAAAGAUUAAGACCUUAAA